CGAGGUCCACUGUUGUAAGAUGGCGCCCUGCGAAAUAUGAGUGGCUAUGGAAAAAGAAAACUACAGUUAGCGAUCUAGCGAAAAUCACGUCAAAUAAAGAACAGACCAGCCACAAAGACACAAUAAUUGCACCUUUGCCUCCCCGCUGGUUGGAAGAGGAGCGCCGGUUCCAGGGCAGAGAAGCGCUUUGUGGGGCGGUUCGAUCCUCGGCCCGGUCGAGGAAGACAGGUUCCCCUUCUACAUAGAGGGCAUUGUAAGCAGCAAUGAAUAACUCCCUGGAUGGUACAGGCUCCUACGAGGAGCUAGUGAGACAGAAAGCUCGGAGCAUCCCUCAGCAUCGCAUGAAGGAGUUCCUGGAGUCCUUGGCCAACAAGGGUCCCGAUGCGUUGCAGGAGUUCAGCCAGCAAAGUGGAGACACUGUGACCACCACUGCCACUAUGGUCUACCAGCAAGAAGCCAAUUGCAUCUACACAGACAGCACGGAGGUGGCAGGGUCAUUGUUGGAACUGGCUUGUCCGGUGCAGGUCCAGCCCCAGCAGCAACAGAUACAGGAGUCCACGUCUCAGCAGCAGUCUGUUCAACAGAAUACAGAGCAUCAGAUAGUGCAGGUGCAGAUCCAGGGCCAGCAGCAAGGUCAGAUGCUGGGUCAGGUCCUCCAAGUGCCCUCUGGUUCACAUCAACAGCUACAAGGUGUGACUACUGCACAGCUGAUUCAGCCGGGGGAACUCACAGAGGAGCAGCACCAACAGCUGCAAGCCCAGUUGGUGGCAGCUGUUGCAGCUGGACAACAGAUCCAAAUUCAGACAGUGGGGGCCCUCUCCCCCACUCAGCAGCAGGACAGUACAGAGAGAAGGGUACUGGGAACUACAGUUGCCACAUCCCAGGGAGCAGGUGUCCUCCAGCCAGCCAAGAAGCGCAAGGUGGACAUGCCCAUCACUGUGUCCUAUGCUUUGCCUGGUCAGCAGGUAGCCACAGUCCUGGCUAUCCCCCAGGGACAGGGUCAGCAGCAAAGUUAUGUGUCCCUGCGGCCAGACCUCCUAACUGUGGACAGUUCCCAUCUUUACAGUGCUACAGGCACAAUCACCAGUCCAACGGGGGAGACCUGGACAAUCCCUGUGUAUUCUGCUCCUGCUGGGUCUGGAGGCCGCGAGCAGGUGACACACAUUGCCAUCCCCCAGGAGGCUUAUGGAACAGUGCAGGUUACAGGGGCAAACACUACAACAAUGACCACAAUGCCAACACAGGUUACUAUUGAAAAUGACAAGCUGAAAAUCCCAGCCAGUCAGAGUCAGACAGUGCAGGCUGUUUCCAGUAUAACAAGCUCCGGAGGAAUGGGUGGUCAGGAGGAAGUGGUGCACACACUUGCUGCUAACACGCUGUUCCCUGCCCAGCUGAUGAAUGGAAACAUUCACAUCCCUGUGGCUGUGCAGGGUUACUCCAAUGCCACGCAGUCCCUCAUCUGGGACCCACAGCAGCAGGUGUUGCACACGCAGGGGCUGUCGGGGCAGGACGCACAGCAGCUACAGGGUCAGACGGUGGUCACAGAGGUAGAUGGCCAAGGCCAGCAGCAAGUGCACGUACAGGAGCUGCUGCUGCCUGUCACGCUGAAGCCAGAAGAAGGGCUGGACGUGUGGCGGCUUUGGGCUCAGCGGAAAAAUGCAGAGUUGGACAAAUCGGACAAUAAUAAACUGGCUCCAAUUGGUCGACGUCAGGCAUUACGUUUCCAGGAGGACUUGGUGUCGUGUGCAGUCGCUGAGCUUUGCAUGGGUCUGUCUUUGAUGACGACAGAGUCCCGGGGGAUGGAAGGGGAGUCUUAUGAGGCUGAUGUUCUCUAUUAUGUAUUUCUGUGCAUACAAAAAUAUCUGUUUGACAAUGGUCGCGUGGAUGACGUUUUCUCAGAUCAGUACUACACUCGCUUCGCUCAUAGUCUUCACCAGAUCCUGCAGCCCUGGGGACCAUCCAUUCAUCCGCUAGGUUACGUUAUUCCCAGUCAUGUGACGGAGGAGAUGCUGUGGGAAUGUAAACAGCUGGGAGCUCAUUCACCCUCAACUCUGCUCACAACUCUAAUGUUCUUCAACACAAAGUAUUUCCAACUAAAAACAGUGGAUCAACAUCUAAAAGUGGCCUUUUCUAAGGUGCUCAGACACACCAGGAAAAGUCCCAACAACCCCAAAGACAAGAGCACCAGCAUCCGGUACCUCAAGUCGACAGAGAGGUUCAUAGGACAAAAAGUGACAGAUGACAUGUACUCAGAGCAGCUGGAGGAUCCAGAGAACCCACUGCGAUGCCCCAUCAAGCUUUAUGAUUUCUACCUCUUCAAAUGCCCCCAGAGCGCUAAAGGUCGCAACGACACCUUCUACCUGACCCCGGAGCCCGUAGUGGCUCCCAACAGUCCCAUCUGGUACUCGACUCAGCCAAUCUCAAGAGAGCAGCUGGAGCAGAUGCUGGCACGCAUCCUCGUUGUCCGCGAAAUCCAGGAAGCUAUUAGCAUGUCGGAGAGCGUGCACUAGGAGAACUAUAAACGGACCAGACUCUUCCUCCUCCUCUUCACCCUGCCUUUGAUUGCUCAUUAUCAGUCGUUUUCUAUUCUCUCACGCCCUCUUGUGGUCUGUAAGGGUGGCAUGUAUAGGUUUAUAUUCAUCGUGUGUGUGUCUGCAUAUCUUACACACACGAACUGUACAUACACAUAACAACAAUACAGAUAAUUUUUCUUACUGAGGCAAUCAGGAUUUUUUUUGGGCCAAAGGAUGGUGACGUCUCACCUUUUUUUAUUGGACCUGAACUCUAAUUUAAAUGUUAUUUUAACUGUUGGUUCUCUUCACAAAUAGUCGAGGGUUGAUUGUUCAUUUUCUAUCCCUCUUUUGUUUUAAUCUGUAAUAUACUUCAAAUAUAUUUUUACUGGGGUUGACCUGCACUACUCUUGCUUAUUUUAUUUCCUUAUUUUGUUUCCUUCUCUGUCGCUUCUCCCUCCCUCACACACUGUCGUGUGUGUGUGUGUAAAUCCUCCCUCUCUCUUUGUGUUUCACUUGUCUGUCUUGAGCCGAGUUCACGCGCGGACACACCAAACGGCACCUCUGAAUCAUGUCGGACUCUUGACUCUAUUACAACAAGUGUCAUUUAUCCGACCUGGAGCUACUAGCACUUGGCCGCAUGGUGGAGAUGCGGCAGAGGGGAGGGCGAAGGACAUUGACUGCUGCUGGAUCCUCCCGUCUCUCCUCAGUAUCAUACAUGUUUAUUACAUGACAGACAAAAGACUCUUUAAGAAGCGGGAUUUGCCCGCCAAUGUUCUAUAUUGUAUUAUACUCAUAGCUCCUCCAUGUACUGUAAAGGGUUUCAGACACCUAAGGAGAAUGGCAGUGCCUGUGUGUUUUUUGAAACAUGACCUUUUUGUACAGCCACGAUUACCAUGCGUCUGCCUUUCUAGCGAGUCCAGUAGCAAUUCUGCACAUGCAUCCUUACAUACAGGUCGUCUGCAUUGUGUGAUAUGGAAUGAUGCACAAUGAUUUUUCUAAAUAAAAGUCAUAUCACACCA